AUGUCAGCUCUCCGUCUGUGCAAGGGAGCCGUCGAGUCGUCGCCGCCGGGGUGCCGGUGCUGGUCGGGAUGCUCGAGGUCGAGGAACCUUGUCGCCGCUGCUGCCGCGUCCUCCUGCGCCCCGAGAGGGGCUGCCGCCGUCGCGUGCUGCCGGAACAAGCAGCAGGGGAGCUUCCGCUUGGUGCGUGCGGCUCCUUCCUUCGGCAGAAGCAGCAGGGGGAUGCAAUGGGCCAUCAAGACUAUGGCAGAUGACGAUCCCGACAAUUCUGGCAAUAGCACUCGGCUGUUUAAUGCAAUUCAAUCUUUUUUAAAGAAGUUGUCUGGCAAGCUGAAGAAAGUAAGUAGAGGGUUUCCAGUAAAGAUCCUAUUCUUCCUGAUAGGAUUUUACUGUGCCACGGCAUUUGCUACCGUCAUUGGGCAAACAGGCGACUGGGACAUACUUUCUGCGGGCCUUGCUGUUGCCAUCGUCGAGGUUAUUGGCGCUCUCAUGUACAGGGCUUCCUUUGCGCUUCUUGGCAGGAUGAAGAAUAUGAUUUCCAUAUUCAAUUACUGGAAAGCCGGGCUCACGCUUGGAUUGUUCUUGGAUUCGUUCAAGUAUGAAGUGGAUGAACUCCUUGAAUCAUGUAGUCCGUUCAACUUUGAGAUUAAUAUAUUUACUGGGCUUUGGUAA